UCAAUCCCGACCACCAUGAGCACCAAACAGGUCACUUGCAGGUAUUUUAUGCAUGGUAUAUGUCGGGAAGGAAACCAAUGCCUGUUCUCACAUGACUUGGCAAACAGCAAGCCAUCCACCAUCUGCAAGUACUAUCAGAAGGGCUACUGUGCCUAUGGAACUCGUUGCAGAUAUGAUCACACAAGGCCCUCUGCUGCAGCUGGUGGUGCUGUGGGUUCCAUGCCCCACAGUGUGCCCUCCCCAGGCUUCCACAGUCCUCACCCUCCUUCCAACCUCACUGUGCCUAUUGUGAAAACUAACUUACACGAGCCUGGGAAACGUGAGAAAAGAACAUUGGUACUUAGAGACCAAAAUUUCUGUGGCAUGGAUGAAGAAAAGGCUUGCCCAAGUGUGGUGAAUAAUUCAGGAGGCAGUGACGCCCAGAGUAGCCCAGAGAUGAGGCCGAAUUCCUAUCUUGAUGCAAUAUGGAGUGGCCUUGAUUACUUAGAAGCCAGCAGCUCUUACAGCAGCGAGGAGCAGCUGUGCCCCUAUGCAGCCGCCAGGGAGUGCCGCUUUGGGGAUGCCUGUGUCUACCUGCAUGGGGAAAUGUGUGAAAUCUGCAGGCUCCAAGUCCUGCAUCCCUUCGACCCAGAGCAGAGGAAAGCUCAUGAGAAGAUCUGCAUGUCAACAUUUGAACACAAGGUGGAAAAGGCCUUUGCCUUCCAGGCAAGCCAGGACAAAGAGUGCAGUGUCUGUAUGGAAGUGAUCCUUGAGAAGGCGUCUGCCUCUGAGAGGAGAUUUGGGAUUCUCUCCAACUGCAAUCACACGUACUGCUUGUCCUGCAUCCGACAGUGGAAGUGUGCCAAGCAGUUUGAGAACACAAUCAUUAAGUCUUGUCCAGAAUGCCAGGUGAUAUCAGAGUUUGUAAUUCCAAGAGUGUAUUGGGUAGAAAAUCAGAAUAAAAAGAACGAGUUGAUUGAAGCUUUCAAACAAGGAAUGGGGGGAGGGGAAGCGUGUAAGUACUUUGAUCAAGGCAAAGGGACCAGCCCAUUUGGAAACAAAUAUCUUUACCGCCACGCUUAUCCUGAUGGGCGGCUAGCAGAGCCUGAGAAACCUUGGAAACAACUCAGUUCAGAAGGCACCGUGAGGUUCUUCAAUUCAGUGCGCCUCUGGGAUUUCAUCGAGAACCGAGAAAGCCAGCAUGUCCCCAGCACUGAAGAUGUUGACAUGACAGAGCUCGGGGACCUCUUCAUGCACCUGUCUGGAGUGGAGUUGUCAGAACCCUGAAGACAGAUGGUUGCCCCUGCAUCUUGGGCUCCGCCAGCAGAGCCUUUCCCAAGUAGGGUGUGCAGAGCUUCCUUUACUGCAGCCCCAGGUAGUGUGUGAGCCCCAGGAUUUGAGUGGGGUUGUUUUAACCUGGGCUCUCAUCCAUUCUCCAUUAUUACAGCCAUGAGAAGAGUGAAGGAUGUAAAGUUAACAAGUACAUGGAAUCACUACUUUAUAGCUGAUAUCUUAGUUGCACCUCAAGUUCCUUGGGGGGUGGGAGGGACGGGGGACUAGCUAAACAGCCAGAUGGAGUUUUGAUUGAUUGCUUUUAAAACAAACUUGGCUCCUAUCCUUCAUGAGCUUUAGCUCCCUAGAAACUAGUCAACUUGCAGUUGCCCCUAAAGCAGAUUUCUUUUUCUUACCAAAGGAUUCUUCAUCCCUAAAAAUGAUUCCUUAUAGUGAAUUUCCAUAAGACUUCGUGUGUGGUCAAAACCUGAUAUAUACAGGGCUUUUCCAAAAACAAAAAAUGGGCACUGCACGCCCUAGUGCCCCAAAUGAGAGCAGGAGUCUCACUGCUAUAUAGUCAGUAAGCGAACUAUAAACCUUCUUCCUUGUAAGGGGACCUCUUAAAGUAGCAGGAAGUGUGAGGUGGUAGAUCAGGAGUAUAGCCCCUCAUUUCUGGUUAGUGUUGUAGCCACGAUUGGAGGAAACCUUACGCAUGUGCCUCCAGGGAAACAUGGCCCUCGCUCUCCCCUGUGGGCUUGGUACACACAUGCUCUUGUACGUGCCUCCUGCCCAACCUAUCUAGUCUUACCUGUAAAAAAAACUGGUCCAGACCCA